UAGGCAGCUUCAUUCACAUGGCGGACACGCGGGGUCCCUCGUGAGGAGGGAGCAUACCUCGCAACGGUUGGUUGGCCGGCGCGGCGUCCAAACCAGCUCCUCUUGUCUCUGCACCCCCUCCCCUCCUCCUCCUUUCCCUCCCCCCUCGCCUCGCCAAGGAGGGGAGGAGGAAGCUCGCCUAGCUACGUGAAGAAGAGGUCGGACACCUCGCCGGCGACCGGCCGUGCCGCCUCCCUCUCGCAUUGGUGCCGCUAGAGCGAGCGAGCAAGAGAGCGGCUAUUCUUCCCGGAGGGAGGAGGAGAUGGCGGGCGGGGAGGAGCAGCAGCAGGAGCGGAUCCUGGUGUCGGUGCGGCUGCGGCCGGUGAACGCGCGGGAGGCGGAGCGCGGCGACGGCACGGAAUGGGAGUGCGCCGGCCCAGCCACACUCAAGUUCCUCGGCACCAUCCCCGAGCGCGCCAUGUUCCCGGCCACCUACACCUACGACCGGGUGUUCAGCCCCGAGUGCAACACCAGGCAGGUGUACGAGGAAGGGGCCAAGGAGGUCGCCCUCUCCGUGCUCAGCGGCAUCAACUCGAGCAUUUUCGCCUACGGCCAGACGAGCAGCGGCAAGACGUACACCAUGGUCGGCAUCACGGAGCACAGCAUGGCCGAAAUCUACGCCUACAUAGACCAGCAUCCCGACAGGGAGUUCAUCCUCAAGUUCUCGGCCAUGGAGAUAUACAACGAGGCCGUCAGGGACCUCCUCAGCUCCGACGCCGCCCCUCUCCGGCUCCUCGACGAUCCGGAGAAAGGAACUGUGGUGGAGAAACUCACCGAGGAGACUCUGAGGGACAAAGGACAUCUCCUGGAGCUCCUUGCUGUGUGUGAAGCUCAAAGACAGAUCGGGGAGACCGCCUUGAACGAAACGAGUUCUAGGUCUCACCAAAUACUCAGACUGACGGUUGAGAGCUCCACGAAGCAGUUCCUGGGGAAAGGCAACUCCAGCACCCUUCAGGCUUGCGUGAACUUCGUUGAUCUGGCAGGAAGUGAACGUGCAUCACAGACAGCGGCGAGCGGUAUGAGGCUGAAGGAGGGCAGUCAUAUCAAUAAGAGUCUUCUUACACUGGGAAAGGUCAUUCGCCAGCUCAGCGGGGGAAGAAACGGCCAUAUCCCCUACAGAGACUCCAAGCUCACCCGCAUAUUGCAGUCGUCUUUGGGAGGCAAUGCAAGGACAGCCAUCAUCUGCACGAUGAGCCCGGCGCACUCCCACGUCGAGCAGUCCAGGAACACCCUCUUGUUUGCAAACUGUGCAAAAAAUGUAGUCACCAAUGCACAAGUAAAUGUCGUAAUGUCAGACAAGGCAUUAGUGAAGCAUCUUCAGAGAGAGCUUACGAGGUUGGAAAAUGAGCUCAAGCUUCCAGGAUCAGCCUCUUGCUCAACUCAUGCUGAGGUUCUGAAGGAGAAGGAUGAACAGAUUAAAAAGCUGGAAGAACAGCUGAAGGAAUUGAUGGAGGAAAAAGACACGGUUCAAUCAGAACUUCAGAAUUUCCGCAAAGUUGCAAGUGAUGACCAUCUCAAUUAUCUUAAAGCAAGACUAUGGGAUCCACAUAGUCAAUCUUCAGAAUCCCUACCACGUAAUAUGUCAGAAGAUGCACUUUCAUGUUCAGAUACUUAUGACCUGGUCGAUCAAGAUCUAUUAAUAGAUGCACAGCCAGGGCACUUUCCGCGUCGGCCCAGUAACCAUGUUUUCGACAGCAUAGAUGAAUGCCAAGAAAACUUAGUGGCCUACCCAGCUGUGCCAGAUGUUCCUGAGGAGCACUGUAAGGAAGUACAAUGCAUUGAAACCAACGAGCUCAGAGAAAGGAGAAGCCAAGAAUCCUUUCAUGCACAGAAACCUGAAACGCCUGAAAAGGAGAGAAGACCUGAAACGCCUGAAAAAGAGAGAAGACUGAUUAUGGAUCAAGCUGAAGAUUGUCCUGAUGAAGAGAAACGUGGUGAAAGCAUCACAAAGACAGCAGAAAAUGCCAUCGAGCUAUAUGCAUGCGAUUCUGACCCGUCUUUUGAAAUUGAAAAACCUAAUGUUGACGAGGAACCAUUGGCCCUGAGGAGGUGUGUGAUAAGCUCCAGGGAUACUGUACUAGCAAGGAGCAGCAGCUGCAAAGCAAGCUUCAUGGUAAUUCCAAACAGCUGGUUUGAUGAUUCAACAAGUAUGAACAUGACAACACCACCAAGUGAAAAUUUCAAGUUUCCUCGGAGAAGGCCAGAACAGGUAAGGAGGAACCUCUUUCCUGAAAAAGUUGCCUCAGAUGCCAUCACCGACAACAGCACAGGUAACGCUGAAGAAGAAAGUGUUGCCAAUGACACAAGCCGUGUAACUGAAGUGAAGCAGCAAACUGAGCAGAACGAUGCAUCCCAGCCACAGGAAAACCAGGUACAAGCUGGCACAGAUUCGUCAACGAGCACCACCUUCGAGUCUCCUUCACGGUGGUCCUUUGAUUUUCCAAAGAAGCAGCAAGAGAUCAUCGAGUUGUGGCAUGAGUGUCAUAUCUCCAUAGUGCACAGGACUUACUUCUUCCUCCUCUUCAAUGGAGACCACACAGAUCACAUCUACAUGGAGGUAGAGCACAGGCGACUGUCCUUCAUCAAGAAUUCUUUCAUUGCUGAUGGUGAGCCGAAUGCUACUGUUGCAUCAAGUUUAAAGAGUCUUCGGAAUGAGAGGGACAUGUUGUACAGGCAGAUGGUGAGGAAGCUCAGCCUCGCUGAAAAGGAGAGCCUCUACAGCAAGUGGGGGAUCGAACGGAGCUCUAAGCAACGGAGGCUGCAGCUGUCGCGCCUCAUCUGGACACAGACUGAUAUGGAACAUGUGAGGGAGAGCGCUGAGCUCGUUUCGAAAAUGGUCCAACAUCUGGAGCGGGGACAGGCCAUCAAGGAGAUGUUUGGGUUGAGCUUCUCGCUGAAUCUACGGUCUGGGAGAUCUUUCAGCUGGGGUGGAGCCUAAUCCUGAUCUGUGAAACGAGUUGAUAGACUUGAUUACCAUGACAUGGAGGUAGACGGAUACAUAGCGCAGCAAGCUGCUCGUCGGGAAAGGAAUUCACAUCGGCUCCAGAUUUGGUCCAGUACAAAUGCUUUGCUGAUUUAUGCAGGUGACAGAAUUUUCUGAGGGGGGCUUAUGGAAGUCGAACCAACUGGACAAAGGGAUGCAUGCUAAUGAUUUUGCACUUAACCGUAUGAUGUAUUUACCUGAUCAGUGUAUGCAUCUAUAUUGUGCCAACAGAAGGACUGCACACUGGCUCGCAGUUUCGCUGUAAUCAUCGUAACUAAUAUGAUCACUUCAAGCUUAUAGCUUGUUUGUAAA